AAUAACCUAAUAAUUUGGUUUUUUGGGAGCAGUUCCAAACCACUCUGAUAACAUCCAUGUUGAAUAUGGAGAGAGACUCUUGAUCACCUGUAAAUUCUUCGGAAUGUUCAAACUGACAAAAAAAGAGAGUAUAUAAGUUGAUUUGAUGAAAUAUUAAGAUAUAGGGACCAAACAUGAUUUUUAUCAACAUAGUAGUCACUCACAUACACGUGCUUUCACCUAGCAAGCCGGCAACACAAUUCCCAGUCCAACUUCCAUCCUUGCCGGAGACGGAAUAUAGCCCCCACCAAUCACAUUCCUCCACCUCAUCCUUUCCAUUCCGUUCCUCUCCCAUCACUUGUCUCCUCUUCACCGUCACCGUUUCUUUCCCGUCAACCAUAAAAAACCCCACACCUUGAAAAAAAAAAAACCUGCCCUCUCUCAUCAGAAUCAUCAAAAUCAGAUCUGAUUGUUAUUUCAUCGACUGCCGAUCAUGGAAGACGACGAUGAGAUACAGUCACACUCAAACACCACCGAAUAUUCCUCACCGUCACCACCACCACCGAACGGAAGAAUCACCGUAUCUGCUCCCGCCGCCGUGCAUCCACAGCCGGCACCACCGCCACCGCAACAGAACAACAAGAACCGCUUAGCACUUGUUUUGCCGACGAGGCCGAAAGUGAACGGAGGCGGAGGAGGAGGAGGAGGAAGAGAGGACUGCUGGAGCGAAGGAGCAACGGCGGUGUUGAUCGACGCCUGGGGAGAAAGGUACUUAGAGCUAAGCAGAGGGAAUUUGAAGCAGAAGCAUUGGAAGGAGGUAGCGGAAAUUGUAAGUAGUAGAGAGGAUUAUUCUAAGUCUUCGAAAACUGAUAUUCAAUGUAAGAAUAGAAUUGAUACCGUGAAGAAAAAGUAUAAAUUGGAAAAAGCUAAAAUUGCUUCAGGUGGAGGGCCGAGUGGUUGGCCUUUUUUUGAUCCUUUGGAUAGAUUAAUUGGCUCCACAGCGAGGAUUCCUGUUGUUGGAAAUGGUAAUGUGUGUGGUAAAAUUCCUACUAGGGUUCGUAGUGGUAGUAGGAGGGGUGGUGUGAAUCAGUAUCAUUUUCGGAAUCAGAAUGUGAAAAUUCGGAUUCUGAAACACGAGGAGGAUGAGGAUGAUGAGGAGGAGGGUGAGGAAGAGGAGGGGGGUGCGGAAUCGGAUGAUAGUUUUCCGCCGAUGAAGAAGAGGAGAGUGGUGGUGGAGAGGAAAGUGAGGGGGAAAGUGGGGAAGGAAAAAAGAGGAGGAGGGUGGGGGAAUUCGAUCAGGAUGUUGACGCAAGCAAUGGUGAAGUUUGGGGAAGCCUAUGAGCAAGCUGAGAGUGCCAAGUUGCAGCAAGUGGUGGAGAUGGAGAAGACGAGGAUGGAGUUCGUGAAAGAGUUGGAGUUGCAAAGGAUGCAGUUUUUUAUGCAGACACAGAUGGGGAUUUCGCAGUUGAAGAACGCGAGAAGGGGAGGGAAUGAUACCAGUAAUCAUUACCAUCAUCAAUACCAUCGUCAUCAUACUGCGGCAUCUUUACUCAAUUUCAGCAAGGGAUUGUCUGGUGUUCAUCUAUAAUAGCAGCAGAUAACUAAUUGUAGCUGAAGAAAAGCUAUUAUAAAGAAUGGUAUGCGAGAGCGAUUUCAGAGGGACACAUCAAACGGGAGAUAAUUUCUGUCUCUUUUCAGCACUGUCUCCUCUCCCCUCUCCCCUCUCUCUUCGUGCUUCCUCCCCAUGAACCCGCAUCCUCCUUCCCUUCUGUUCUUUCAAUCUAUUGGAGAAGAUGUUGUAUUGGUGGUGAAACUGGUUGCCUACAAUAUUUGUGUUCUGACCUUCAUUGGUGUUCAAUGGCUUUGUUGCCGCCUUCUAGCCUUUUGGUGUUGCACGGUGCUGCUGCUUUUUGGCUGUUCCCUCAUCUCCGGUGUUACAUAGGCAGCUGCUGGCUCCUCUUGUAUCUUUUGGGUUUUGGCAUCAUUUGGUUCCUGCCAUUUUCUAUUCUCCGGUCGUAGAAGCUGACUGCAAUCCUCCGACACUCUUCUCAUAGUCAGAUGCUUCCUCUGUUUUCUCCUGGCAUUAAAAUCACAGCUCACCCUCAAAUCUUAUUGCCUUUGGUCAUUUUCUUGAAUGGUGCUUGGUGUUGUCUUCAAGUGUUUGCAGUGUCGUCAUUUGCUGGAGUUUUUGUAGUAUUUGAAUUGUGGGUGAUUGAGCUGCAGAAUUUGUGCAAUUGAAUUGAAUUUGUGCUAUGGGUUAUCAUUUGAUAUCAUCAUUCAUCAACAAUUAAUUGAAUGGGUUUCUACAUGAAA